AAAACGAUUGUUUUAUUUAGGCUUCAAUGCUAAUUUCAUGCUGGUGGGCAGGAUUUAGGACUGCAAUUUGUGUAGGCAGAAAAGUUAUAGACCCCAUCAUAUCUUCCGUCUCGCUCGUACAAAAAAGAAAUGUGUGUAUUAGAAAUACAUAAGAAGAAAUGAGACAAAGCAAAUCUUUUGAUCACGUCCAGCCCAAUCCGCCAAUUUUUAUGUGGGUUAUAUGGGAUGAUGAUGGAGAUGGAUUGUGAGUGGGCACUUUUAUACUUUUAUUAUGUGGUAAGUAGGUACCUAUGGACUUCAAAAAUGCCCGAUUUCUUUCUACCCUACUAUUUUAAUAAUAAUAGAAAAUAAUAUUUUUCAUUAUUAUUUUUUAAAGUUUUCUUGAUGAAGUGAACAGAUCUCCUGGUGAUAGUGCUGUGCUGGUCAUAAUUUAUGUAAUUUUUAAGCAUGGAAGUAAACAUACACAAUUCAUUUCCAUUAGUAUUGCGCCUGUCUUGGAAUGGAUUAGUUGAAAGAAUUCCCAGUAAAAAAAUAAUUGAGAAACAAAUGACAGCCCUGGUCCUGAUACUUCUACAGAAUCCACUAUUCACGUCUAUAGUGACUUCAAUAUUAUUGAUGAUUAUAUUCGUUAUACUAUCAUAUUCACUAAUUGUAUUAAUUGGAGUAUUUUGUUUUAUGAGUAUCAUAUUAAUGACAGAAGGUUGUCUCUUCAUGAUUUUUAUAUUUUCAUUUUGCGUAUCUAUUAUUAUAAUAUUGUGUUUAACUAUAAUAUUUAGUUAUUAUUUUUUGUAAAACACGACAUGAACGAACAAUGUUAUAUUCUUUGAUUAAAAACUAGCACCAUACCUAACAUAUAA